AUGAUUCAAGCCAUGGUGGAAAUUACCGACUUGAAUGCUGCCACUGUGCACAAGCGACACGUGGAUCAAAUCCACUUCAAAUCAUCCACGGACCGGUGGCAUCAAGAAAAAAGCGAGGGCGACAGUCAGUUGCAUACCCCAUCGGCACAACCGACGGAGCCGCAUGAGUCAGAUGUGCAGAAACAACCAAUCGAAACACAAGGACACCGCCAGGAACAGGCGCAGACAACAAUUGCAGUCCGCAGGUCUAGCCGUCAGGCGAGCCAGAUUGAUGAGGCACUCUUGAGGGAACAGAGUUGUGGUGAUCCAGACUUCCGUGACCGCAAUCCGUGCACGACUAGGUACAGUUUCAUGUCAUCCAAUCACCGUUCAGGAAGCUCGACCAAUGGUACACUGGGCGAACGUGACAUCCGAGUUAGUACAUAUGAUGCGUCGGCGCAAACGGUUACGUAA